AUGCCAGAUCCCGCUGCGGUCGGGACCAUUGUCAUUCGUUUCCUCAUUACGAGAAUCCAACACUUAGAGAUUCACACUGAUCUACCGGCCAAUUCCAGCAGUUCUGUCGAUGAGGACGAGACUGUGACGAUGGAAUGCGUCGAAUAUGCCGAGCACAGUUGGCUUGGAGAUGCGAUAUGCUUGUCGCUCGAGGACGGCCGAAGAAUCGUGGCCAAGACGCGUCCGAUCGCGCUGCCAAACGGACUGAAUCUGACAUAUGGAGAGAUCAACGGUCUCGCUGGGGACUUCUAUGGCACGACCAAGCCUAUUAGCGACGGGAUUGGUGCUGACGAGCAGAUGCGGCGUUUUGUAGACGCUUACCGGAAACUUUCUACCGACACCACGCGGCAACCAGGCGAGGCCGAAAGGAUCCUUAGUGUGCUCCAGAAGGAAGUCGAUGCUGUCAACAAGGCUUUGGCGAAUCACGAGGAUCCGUCUGUAGCUUACAGCAAGCUGCCAGAUGAAACGUGCACUUUCCAGAAGAUCACGUCAUCCAGACCAAGCGAUGAUCAACCUAGCUACAUUGGACUGGCUCUGAUCAACUGGGAUCACUUUGGAGAAGAUGCCCGCACUACCUACAAUGCAGGCCACGCAAAGGCUCUUGAAGAGGCUGCCAAAGGUAACCUUAUGGACGCAUAUGCGCUGAACGCUUUUGCGGACCACUUCCUGGAGGACUCCUUCUCGGCGGGACACCUCCGCACCCCCCGCCGAAUGCUUCAUGGCUACAAGGGAGUGAAGGACUUCCUCGCAAAGUACAUGCAUGACGAAGACUGUGCCAUUGGACUCUCGGUCACUAACCCUGCCGGCGAGAGCUGGCAAGCAUUCGGCGACAAGCGAUUGCUCGCCAAAGAGAACAAGGACAACAAGGAGCGUUGCCUAGUUGCAAUCCAGGCAUCUGCCGACGAAGUCUUUCAAGCUUACAAGGACGGGAAAGCUCCGAGCCCGGACAGUUACAAGGCGUGGACCCACGCCUGCACGCUCGACUCGGCCCACGGCAGUCAAGAGCUCGCACCUCUUUUCAAGAAAGACGAGUACCGACGCAAAGAUGUUACGCAUCGAAGGGAGUGGGAAUUCACACAAGAUUGGUGGGUGUGGAGUACUGCGAUGAAGAUCUGGAAAAGCGGAUGGUGGAAGUACCCAAUCACAAUCGACGGCCCAAGGAAGUGGUUUUGA